GAUACAAUCCACUGGAACGCCCUGUGGCUAAUGCAUCUGAACCGCUCACUGUAAAGAUCAAGAUGUUUCUACAGCAGAUUCUAGAUGUUGAUGAGAAGAACCAGCUAGUAUCUCUUAACGCUUGGCUGAGCUAUACCUGGCACGACUACAGUCUAGGGUGGGAUCCAGACAAAUACGAAGGAAUUCAGGAUAUUCGUUUUCCUGGUGGUGCUGAUCACAUAUGGAAACCGGAUAUUCUACUGUAUAACAGCGCCGCAGAAGAUUUCGACUCCACCUUUAAAAGCAAUCUGCUGGUCUAUUCCUCCGGUGACGUUAACUGGAUACCACCUGGUGUAUUGAAAUUUGUCUGUAAACUGGAUGUUACAUGGUUCCCAUUCGAUGACCAGGUGUGUUACCUGAAAUUUGGUUCCUGGACCUUUCAUGGGUACGCUUUGGAUUUGGUGAUUGACGCGGAAAGCGAAAAUCUAAGUUGGUUUUUUGUUUUCCAAAAUCACUCAAUGGACCUAUCCACAUAUGUUGUGAAUGGCGAAUGGACAAUUGUGAGUUCACCAGCUGUUCGAGAAGUUACCUACUACAAAUGCUGUCCGGAACCCUACCCGACUGUCAAAUUCUAUCUGCAUUUACGUCGGCGCACCUUAUAUUACGAAAUGACCAUUCUACUUGCAAUUGUUUUCUUUCUUAGUAUGGUAUCCGAAAUGACUCCGCCCACCUCCGAUGCAGUGCCUUUGAUAGGUGUUUUCUUCUCGUGUUGUAUGCUGGUCAUUUCUGCUUCAGUUGUUUUCACUGUGCUUAUUCUAAAUCUUCACUUCAGAUCACCUGACACGCAUCGGUUUAGCCCAAUGGUCAGUAUCGGCUCUACCUUAAUUUAUUAUUACUUAUUUCUAUUAUUAUUUUCGACAGGCAGACAUUUUAUCGAGGGCAUAAAAUUAGGACAUCUCAAAAAGCUUACCUUCUUAGUUUUAACUUCGAGGAAUUUCGUGCUUUGAGU